AUGGCGGUCGCCAAUCCGGGAAAAGCGCGGCUCAACGUAGGUCAACGUUUUGCCUUGACGCCCGAGGGCAGACUGUACCGGGCUGCCAAGGACGGCGACAUCGAGGGCGUCGCAGCUGCCUGCGCUGAGGGCGCAAAGCUGGAUCUUCAACACCCAGAAUUCGGGUCACAACCGUUGGUGAUUGCCACGUUGAAUGGCCACACCGAGUGUGUGCACUACCUGCUUGAAGAGAAGGCCGAUGUGGAGCAGAGAAACAAGUUCGGGUGGACUCCGCUACUGUCUGCGGCUUCCAAGGGGAACCUCAUGCUGUCAGGCUACCUCAUCGCGCGGAUGGCCGACAUCCAGGUUCAGGACAAGCUGGGGCGAACACCGCUGCACAACGCCGUUGCCGCUGGCUGUGACGAACUGGCCAAAGGUUUGAUCGAGGAGAAGGCAGACGUGAACGCCCGGACCAAGGAUGGUAAAACGGUGCUCUCCAUCGAGUUGGGCCGGCCCAAGAGGGAAGGCCGAGAGCUGGAGAACAUGCUCACCGAACGGAUGGGGCUGCCGUUUCCGAAGGGCUACGUCAAGAACAUGCUGCAAGAUCUCCCUCCUUCCUUCGCACUCUUGUUUCCUGGCCAAGGCUCUCAAAGGCCUGGCAUGCUCGGCUGGGCAGAAGGCCACGAAACAGCUUGGCCCAUGAUCGAGAAGGCCAGCGAGAUCUUGGGCUACGACCUCUUCGACAUCACAGAGAUUGGACCCCAAGAGCGCCUCGAUCAGGUGGAUGUGUGCCAGCCCGCGAUUUUUGUUGCUGCUAUGUGCGGUCUGCAAUAUCUCAAGGAGCAGGAGGGCAGGGACCAGUCGGAUGCCGCGGCCGCAGCAGGAGUUUCCUGCGGGGAGCUCGCAGCGCUUUGCGCCGCCGGAUGCUUCGACUUCGCGGACGGUGUGCGACUGGCCAUGGUCCGCGGCGAGGCGAUGAAGGCCGCAGCUGAGAGGCAUGAGAAGCCGCAGAAGAUGAUCUCCAUCGUAGGUCUCACCGAUGACGAGGUGGAAGCCCUCUGUGAGGAGGUCGUUUCCCAGAAAGGCGGUGUUUGCUGCGUGGCCAAUCGUCUCUUUCCCUGCGGUGUAGCCGUCUCCGGCACGGCUGCGGCAGUGGAUGCCGCCAAGCAGAUGGCGAAAGAUCGAAGUGCACAGAAAGUUGCCGAACUGCGAGGCUGCACCGGUGGCUUCCACACAGAGCUGAUGGAGCCUGCCGCAGAGCCCCUCCGGCUUCAUCUCCUUGAGAUGGUGAAGACUGGUGCCCUACGAAGUCCAGAGAUUACGGUCUACUCCUCUCAGACUGGAGAGCGUUGGCUGCCGGGAACGCCUGUGGCGUCCAUCGUCGAUGGCCUAGUGCAGGGCUUGACCUCUCCGAACCAGUGGGAAGACACCUGCCGCGCCAUCAUCGAUGACGGUGUCGAGUUCUUUUGGGAGAUCGGGCCAAUGAAGCAGCUGAAGGUAUUUGUGGCUUUGGGGGUUCAGGGUUAG